AUGUUAUUCCUUCUGAUUUUCUUGGUACACAAAGUAGAUACUCUGAGGUGCCCUGCAAGUGAAGCUUUCCCUGUUCCACAUGAGUGGUUCCAGCCUGGGGAUCUCGUCAUUGGUGGGAUGGUGUCUCAAAUUUUUUACAACUUUUAUGAAAUUGAAUUUAAGGACCAUCCUUCUCUAAAAUCUUAUGACUUACCAGUCGUAGUCACCAAAUUCUACCAGCACGUCCUUGCCUUGGCCUUUGCUGUGAAGGACAUCAAUGAAGACUUCCAGAUCUUACCUAAUGCCACUCUUGGGUUCCACAUCUAUGACAGUUACUACAACCCAAGGAUGACCUAUCACACCACUCUGGACCUGCUUUUCAAAUCUAAGGGAUUUUUUCCUAACUACAAAUGUGAUAACCAGAAGAAUCUCAUGGGCAUCAUUGGAGGGUUAGAUGCCUCUACUUCUUCCUAUAUGGCAGAAAGUAUAAAUCUCUUCAAGAUUCCACAGAAACUUCAUCCAUUGCUUUCUCAAAAUGGGAUCUGUUUGUCUUUCACACAAAGAGUUCCACAACGAGCCCAGUUAGAAGAAAUUUCAGAAUUUUUUGAUGUGAUCUUAACUAUUUCUAAUCAACUGAUAGAUCAGAAGGCCAAUGUUCUUCUUGUCUAUGGUGAAUCAUUCACAAUUCUGUGGCUCAGAACUGUUGUAUUUCUAUAUGAUUAUGAAAAUAAAGAGAGUGCAUCAUUUAGAAAGGUUUGGAUCCUGAUGUAUCCAAUUGAUUUCAUACUUAUAGGACUUCAAAGGGCUUGGGAUGUCCAGUUGUUCCAUGGGUCUCUUUCCUUUACAGUUCAUUCAAGAGAAAUUCAAGGCUUCAAAGAAUUUAUUCAAGUCAUCAAACCUUCAACCCACAAAGAUGGAUUUCUUCAAGAAGUUUGGGAGCAAUUGUUCGACUGUUCACUUUCAAAUGAAGAAUUACCCUCAGUGUCCAAUGAGACUUGCAGUGGAGAAGAGAAUUUGGAGACUCUGCCUGCUCCUCUGUUUGAGUUGCAGAUGACUGCCCAAAGCUACAGUAUCUACAAUGCUUUUUAUGCAGUGGCACAUUCAUUGCAGGAGGCAGUGAGAUCAAAAUCCCAACACAGAAGAAUUAAAAACUUUGAAUUUUCAAAUCUGCGACCUUGGCAGGUACUUCCAAUUUCUCUGUGUAAUCAUCCUUGUUCCCCUGGAUACUGGAAGAAAGGGGUUGAAGAAAAAGAAUUCUGUUGCUACGACUGUGUUCCAUGUCCAGAAGGGAAGAUUUCAAAUCAAAAUGAUAUGGAUGACUGUUUUGAAUGUUCAGAAGAUCAUUAUCCAAAUAAAGAAAGGAACGGAUGUAUCCUAAAAAUGAUGGUCUUUCUAACUUUUGAAGAAAUCUUAGGAAAUUGUUUAGCCUUGACUGCUGUUUGUUGUUUCUUCUUGACAUCUUGGGUACUUGGAAUUUUUAUUAAGCACCGGGAUACUCCCAUUGUCAAAGCCAACAACCGGUCCCUCACCUACAUCCUCCUUAUCUCACUUCAGUUCUGUUUUCUCUCCUCUUUGUUCUUCCUCAGCCAACCUAGCAAGGUGACUUGCCUUCUCCGACAACCAACUUUUGGCAUCACCUUCUCAGUAGCCAUUUCUAGUGUUCUGGCCAAAACCAUCACUGUAGUUGUUGCUUUCAUGGCCUCUAAGCCAGGAUCUCAGAUGAGGAAAUGGGUGGGGAAAAGAUUGCCUUUUUGUACUGUCCUUUCCUGUUCUCUUUUCCAAGUGUGUAUUUGUAUUCUGUGGUCGUCAAUAUAUCCACCAUUCUCUGAGUUGGACAUGCAUUCAGAGCUCCAAGAAAUGAUUUUACAGUGCAAUGAGGGGUCAGCUUUCUUUUUCUAUUGUGUCUUGGGCUACAUGGGUGCCUUGGCCAUCGCCAGCUUUGUUGUGGCCUUUCUUGCCCGCAAAUUACCGGACAGCUUUAACGAAGCCAAGUUCAUCACCUUCAGCAUGUUGGCCUUUUGCAGUGUAUGGAUCUCCUUCUUUCCAGCCUAUCUGAGCACAAAAGGCAAGGCCAUGGUAGCUGUGGAGGUCUUCUCCAUCUUGUCCUCCAGCACUGCAUUACUGGGAUGCAUAUUUUUGCCAAAAUGCUACAUCAUUGUUUUUAGCCCUGAGUUAAACCAGAGAGAGCAACUCAUAAAGAGGACUUAG